GGUCCAUCGGAGUUCUGACAGCUUUUCCAUCCGCCCGGCACCGAAGCAACGAACGCCUCUAAUUCCAUAUCCAGAGCUGAGAGCCUGAGAGAGCUUCCCAACCCAACAUCCACCAACGCCCCCCAAAAGACAACAGCAAGCAAGCAAGAGGAAGGGACGUCGCAGGCUGGCUGUUAGUUAGUUCAGCAGCCGGCGAGCAACAUCCCCGGUGGCAGCCAUGGCGUCCAUUGUAACAGCAGCUUCCAGGGCGCUCACUGGUUGGAGCCGGCGCGCGCUCGCCGUGCCCGCACACCGCGUGCGGUCGCCGAGAGCUCGGGUCGUCGUCCGGGCCAGCGCCCAGCGCGCGACCUGGCUGCCCGGCCUGGACCCGCCUGCUCACCUCGACGGCACGCUGCCGGGUGACUUCGGCUUCGAUCCCCUGGGGCUCGGCGAGGAACCGGCAGCAUUGAAGUGGUACGUGCAGGCCGAGCUCGUGCACUGCCGGUUCGCCAUGGCAGGGGUCGCCGGAAUCCUUGUAACCGACUUGCUCCGCGUAUCAGGGAUCCGGGAUCUGCCGGUGUGGUUCGAGGCAGGUGCAGCGAAAUUUGACUUCGCCAACACCACGUCACUCUUCUUCGUUCAGCUUCUCCUGAUGGGAUUCGCUGAAACCAAGAGGUACAUGGAUUUCAUCAAUCCAGGGUCACAAGCAGAGGAAGGAACCUUCAUAGGUCUAGAGGCUGCACUCGUGGGCUCACAGCCAGGCUACCCUGGAGGUCCGCUGUUUAAUCCGUUAGGACUCGCAAAAGAUAUAGAGAAUGCACAUGAAGAGAAGCUGAAAGAGAUUAAGAAUGGGAGGUUGGCAAUGGUAGCCAUGCUUGGCUUCAUUGUGCAAGCAUCCGUAACUCAUGUUGGCCCCAUCGACAACCUUUUGACACAUCUUUCGGACCCAUUCAACAAAAAUAUCAUUCAUUCAAUCUCCUCUUCCUAAGAAUUCUGUCCCCAACGCAAACUUUUGUUUUCACUGUACAGUGCUAUGGCACAAAAGGAUAACAAUGUUUCCCAACAGGAAGCGCGUUCUUUUAGCU